AUGAAAUACCGUGGCGUCGUCUACGAUGUCGGACUGAAGUUCGAGGAGAGCAGAUUCUCGGUCGAACCGUUCGAUCCUGCUCAGGUAGAAUACGACAUGCGAAUAAUCGCCGAACAGCUGCACGCGAAUGCAGUGCGAAUCGAGGGCGAGGAGAUCAGCCGACUGGAAACCGCUGCACGAGCUGCUCACUCAGUGGGCUUGACUGUGUUCUUCAACCCGUGGAAGAUGAACGAGGGCGUUGACGGGACGUGCGCCUAUUUUCAACAGGCCGCACAGACGGCCGAGCGAUUGCGUCUUGAAGGGCUCGAUUUGGUCUUCGUGGCAGGCUGCGAGUAUACGAUCUUUAGCAAAGGAGUCUUUCCGGGUGACUCGUUUCAUGAGCGAGCAAUGUGGCUUGGUGCUCAGUUGACGAGUGGUGAUAUCUCGCAUGAUGUUCCUUCUUCCUUGCGAGAGAAGUCCAUCGAGCUGAAUAAAGUCCUGCGCUCUUUUGUGGAGGUUAUCCGCGCCGAGUUCAGUGGAUUACUGACAUAUUCAUCUGGUACAUGGGAGCUGGUAGACUGGGAUAUCUUCGACAUCGUGGGUAUCGACUACUAUCGCCGAGGCGAGGCCGAGGAGAAGUACGUCUCAGGCCUCGAGCGAUAUAGGUGCGACAAGCCCCUUGCUGUUAUGGAGGUUGGAUGCUGUGCCUAUGAGGGAGCCGCGAAGCGCGGAGAUGCCGGCUUCAUUCUUUUGAAAAGUACGAAUGCAGAUGGUAGCGGCGUGUUUGAGGACGGUGUUGUCCCAACCCGGAGCGAGCAUGAGCAGGCCGAUUAUCUAGGCACACAGCUCGGUCUUCUCGCCGCGGCGGAUGUUCACGCGGUUUUCGUCUUUGUCUUUGCGUUUCCGUGUAUGCCAACUGGGGAAGGGUGUCGGGAUCUGGAUAUGAUGUCUUUUUCGCUGGUCAAGCAUUUCCCUGCUCAGGAUCCGAGGUCGAAGGAUAUGCCUCCCUGGGCGCCGAAGGAAUCGUUCCACAGAGUUGCUGAGUUCUUUCGGUCCAUGCUAGAGUCGGGUCCAUAG